ACGGAGGACAUUAUAAAACCCGAACUUUAAGUCUCACAGAACUCACUCUGGCGUGAAGCGAUGGAGGACAAGUACCGAACUUACUUGCAUGGAGACGCAGAGAAGAACACCGAAUGGAGAUUCGGUGCCCCUCCUAAUUAUGACGUUGUCAACAAGCUCUUCGAAGAAGGCAGAACCAAGGUAUGGCCUCCGGGUUCGCUGGAGGAGAAGGUGCAGACUCUCCUGAAGAACUGGGAAAUGGAACUUUUCCACAAGGCAGAUCUCCGCCAGUUCAGAUCAGUGGACCCUGAGAAAUAUACUUUCAGCCUGAACGGAAGGAAGCCUAUAAAUUUCGAAGAAAUAAUCAAGCUUGGAGGAGGGUAUAACCCGCUGCUGCAGACCUCCCUGCCGGACAGAUUCAAGUUAUACGAUCCCGAUGUAGAAACGGCAGAGUCAUCGCACAAGGCUUUUACAACAACCUUCCCACGAGGGUUCGCUCUGGAGAUUGUCCGAGCGUAUUGUGGACCACCUGUGAUUGUUUUCAAGUUCAGGCACUGGGGUUACAUGGAGGGUCCUUUCAAGGGCCAUGCCCCAACUGGGGAAAAGAUUGAAUUAUAUGGAAUAGGCAUUUUCACGUUGGACGAGGAUGAGAAGGUAAUGAAGGUGGAGUUCUUUUACGAUCCUGCCGAACUGCUUGGACCUCUCUCGAAGGGCCCUGUCUCUGAUGCCUCUGAUGAAGAUGCCGUUUCGAGCUGUCCUAUCAUGAGGAGCACGGGGUAGAGCCCCCACAAGUAUCUACUCAAACCUAAGUAUAUUAUCGUUGGUCAAAAAAGACUUGAAUAAAUUAUCUGAGUGCUUUAAUCAGUUCAA